AUGUCUCAAACACCGCCACCAUCUUAUGAAAUUAAUCUCGUUCCAAUAGUUAUUAUUUCACCAAAAAAACAUUUAACAAAUUCAUCAUUUGAUUCUAAUACUAUUUCCUCUCGAGGUUCCAGAGAUGCAACCAGAACAACUAAAAAAAAAACAUCAUUUAAUUUGAAGAAUAAUGAAGAAGAAUCUUCACCAUUUACUAGAAUGAUAAAUUUCAAAAAUGGUGAUAAUGUAGAAUUGAAUUAUGUAAAAGUGAGUGAUGAUAAUAAUUUAAAAGAGAAAGAUCAUGAUAAUGUAGAAAAUUAUAUUAAUAAUGAUAUCAUGAAAGAAGAAGAGAAAGAGAAAGAGAAUAUAAAUAAUAAUAAAGACAUAUAUGAUAAUCAAAAUAUAUAUAAUAAUCAAGGUACAUAUAAUAAUGGAAAUUUAUUCAAUGAAAAUAAUAAUGAAGAAAAUAACAAUAAUGAAGAAGAUAAUAAAGAAGAUAAUAAUGAAGAAGGAAUAAGAGUAGAAGAAGGAAUAGUAGAAGAAGAAAGAAUAGAAAGAAUAAGAGAAGAAGAAAGAAUGGUAGUAGAAGAAAUAGUAGAAGUAAAAGAAGAAGAAAGAAAAAGUAAUAAUGACGAAAAAAGAAAGGUAGAAAAGGUAGAAAUAAUAGAAAUAGUUGACUCUGAUUGUUCUACAGAAAUUAUAGAUCUCACGAAUGAUGAAAAUAAUCAAAGAUAUUGUGAUAUGGAAGAAGUGAAUAAUAAUGACGAUAAUGAAAAUAAUGGAAAUGGCAAAAUCGAUAAUGAUGGUGAUGACAAUUACAGAAAAGUUCGAGCAGUAACAAUUAAACAAUUGCUUGAUAUAGAUUUAUCACAUUCUGAUGAAUUAAUACUUGAUGGUCAACAUCUUGAUGUUGUAACAUCAGUUAAAAAUAUUACGCCUAAAAAUAAUUUAGUUGAUAUAAUGGUAGAAGAUGGAACUGGAUUCAUUGAAGUAAAAUUAUGGCCUAAUUCUUCUGAUAAUUUAAUGUCAGGAAAUCUUAAAGUGUUUAAUAAUAUGAAAAAUAUUGUUGCACUUUCAUUUGGAGUUCGACCAAUAACCGAUUUUAAUGAGUUAUCUUAUCAUAUUAUUGAAGUUAUUCACACUCAUUUAUCAUUAUUGAAUAAAAAUAAUCAAUUGAACAACAAUAAACAACAACAAUUAGCAUCUGGAUCAAUAUAUGAAUCACGUUUAUCUAACGUGAGUAACUCUGGUCAGGGAGGAACUUUCACAAGUAAACUUCAUAAGGAGAUAUAUGAUCUCGUUUCUCAAAAUCGCGAAACUGAGAUUGGAUUAAAUAUUAAUGUUAUCUGUUCAGCUUUAGCAUUUCAAUAUGGGUCUGAUGAUCAUGUCAAGUAUGAAAAUAUUUAUAAUUAA